AUGCAGUGCUUGAUUGUGGUUUUAAUUUUUGAUUGACAUUAAAGUUAUCUCAAUUUAUCAAUGACUAGCACUUUUUCCCUACUUUACCACAUAGAUAAAAUAUUAUUAACCGGACUAUUAUUUACAGUAAGCCAGAUUAAAGGUUCCGAUUUUUAUCAACAAUCUGGGUUGGGUACUUUUUUCUUUUAGGUUAUACAUUUUAAAUUACUUGUUUGUUGUAUUUCACCAAUUUCACUCACUUUUACUUCAUUUGAAAAGUGUGUAUCUUGCUAUGGCAAAAAAUAUUGAUUUCACUAAACUUAACAAGAUUAUAGUCAAUACUGGAAAUUUAUUAUCCAUUAAUGAUAUUACAAAAAAACCUAAUCAGAAUACUUCAGAAGAGCUGGUGGAAGCCAUAAACUUUACUUUGAAGGAAUUUGGUAAUAAUGGUAGCUUACAGUUACAACCUGAUCAACAAGUUGUUAUAAGCAGACCACAGGACAACCUUAAAAUAAGUGAGCAUGAACUGUUUGAUUUAAAAAUUGGUUUCAAGGUUUUCUUGAAUACUGAUGAUCAAGUAUUACUUACUGAAGCUAUUGAAAAAGGUUAACGGGAACAAAAAUAU